AUGAGCCUCAGCCAGUCAGCAUGCUUGGCCUUGAAGCCUCAGGGUGUUGAGAGCAAGGAUUUGGAAGUGUUUCGGGAUCGGGUGGAGUUCGUGCUUUCGGGCCUUGGGACUUCAGAGUAUCCUAACGAAGCAAUCCUUAGAUCUUGGUUGUAUGAGUGUCUCAAAAACGUCCCAAAGCUUGCAUUGAAAAUGGACAAAUUCAAACCAGCAUCGGUUGGAGACAGCAUUCGGUCUUUCCAGUGGUUGUGGCAAUCCAUGAUCGAUUGCAUUGACGAAUCUCAGCAUGACCACAACACCGCAUCUAUCCUGAAUGCUCUUCGCUCAAAGGUUGAUGCCGCAUCCGCAUCUAUGGAAAAGAAAGACAAAAAGACAGACAAGAAGAAAGAGAAAGCAGAAACCACCAAAGAUCAGAGAGACAAAGUUGAUGUUGCUGUGGCAUCCUCUUCAAAGACGCAGCCCAAGGCAAAGUCGAAUCCCAACGCCGAAUCUACUCAAAGCAAAGCUGAUUGGAAGGGAGGUGGGAAGGAUAAGAAAGAGGUUGUAGCAGGUGAAAGAGGCACUCCGUGUCUCUUUUAUCCAAGCGGCACUUGUCGCAGGGAUCCAUGUCCAUUUGUGCAUGACCCAGCUGCAAAAACCAAGCCGAAGGCAAAGCCUAAAGCUGGCUCCAGUGUCGCUGCUGCAUUUGCCGAGGUGCCAUUCACAAGCUUCAAUGCAACGACAGGUGAAGUGACUUGGCUGGGAGACACCGGCAUGCGCCGCAAUAUCGGUGGAAUCAAAGGGAAUUAA